GAGGAGUGCUUUGGAGGUUGUCGCUACCACUUCACCCUCUCGUUCAUAUAUCCUGCAAUUCGCACAAGUCUUCAAAACCUCCAGAGCCUAACCAGCUCUUCUGCGCUGGAGACACUUCAUAAUAUUCGGCUGCACUCACGGUAUUGUAUACCUCCAGCCCUCCCCUCCACACAACUCAUUUUUCACAAACCAACAAGAUCGUAAACUGCGCAUCCACCUUCCUUCCCUCCCUCCACCGCGCACGCAACGCAGCAUGGUAGGAAGUCCCUCCUGGCUACCACCCCAGCUACACCCUCACCCCGAGGGGUUUGUGAUCGAGCCAGCGACAGAAAGCAUGCGCGUUCAAGCUCGAGCAGUGAUUUGGGACGAUAUUCCAAUUACCCCGGGCAGUGAAGAGGAGAUGGGGAGCGAGGAUGAAGAAGGGGGUGAAGAAGGGGGUGAAGAAGGGGGUGAAGAAGGGGUUGAAGAUUUCUCCGACAAGAUUCUGUACACGCCGGGUCGAAGACAGAGGCUCCGAGCAAGGAUCAAGAAGAAGUUGAAGAAAGUGCAUGAUAAGCUUGAGAAACGGGUGAAGAAAGUCGAGCGUGUUGUUGUGAAGAGGAGGUUUUCGGGGGUGAGGAGGGGUGUGGAUAAAAUCAAGCCGCUCGCAAAGUUUUUGAAGGACGUUGCGUUGUCAACGACCAUUCACGACCCGGUGUUCAAGCAUAGGCCGUGGAACGUUUCCACUGCCUCAAUCGCCCGAGGCGUAGUCACGGAGCCUGAGUCGAACAGGCCUUGGAUGAAUGUACGAGCCUCAUGGAAUGUCUCGGCGUCGUCGCUUGUAGGGCCCGUGGAUGCGGCACGGGAAAGACCUCUGAUUCGUGAACCUCUUGUCCUCUCGGAGACAGUUCGUGUGGCCGACGAUAUUGCUGAAUAUGCGACUGUUGCAGAGAAGCAAUCAGCGAUCGUGAGCAGCGAGAGCGUUGACGACAUUUCUGAAGAGGCUGUUCGAGGCCUCAAAGACCGGUUUCAGCUCCACACCAAAGCUCAACUGGCCAAGUCGAACGAACUGCCUUCGGUGCGGCCUACAUCCAUCUCUGCGCAGAUUACUGCGUUCCAAUUCACCACCCUCGUUCCGAUGGAUAUUGUUUCGAGGUUUCCUCCUACGCAUCGCGUUAGCGUAAAGACCAGUAACACACUCCUAGCGCAACGGGACAUGAUGCAACUCAGUAACAUUUGGAGCCAAGUCGUCGGUCCGGCACCAACAUUAUCGGAGCUGAAACUUGUCAACCCACUACGAGUCUUAAGUGGUGUCGAGGCCGAGAGACUCUGCAAGCUUAUGGAAGAGGGUCUUCAUCGUUGGUCAUAUUGGGCAUUGUUCGCAGAAGCGAGCGGAAACGAUGAAGAAGGAGCCAUGGAUGACGAAUGGUGGUGGGAGUUUGAAGCCAAACUCGACGCUGUCGGACUUCCGGACAACGAAGCGCUGUCUCAGCAGCUGAUCAUCUUGGGUGGGAAGUACAUCAAUGUACCUGCACUGGAAGCUACCAUGGAGAUGGCAAAAGCUCUUGCCGCAAGCAUGUCUCUAGACAAAGAGUCAGCCCGCCACGAUUCGAAGACGGACUUUGAAGAAGAGAUUGAGCUUCUUUUUCCGGCACCAGUGGGGGAAGUGACCGAACCGGAGACUGCAGCAAUGUCCCCGAUCGAGCCAGUCGAAAUAGCUUUGGUUCCAUGCUCGAUGUCAGAACCAUCCUCACCGGUGCGUCAACGGUCGACAACGGCGAUUCCUCUUCCUGUCAUGCGAAAUGCGGCUGGCGAACAGAUUACUGUCCCAUUUCGCAAUUUCCGCUUAGCAAAGAAGAUCGUUGCUCUAGUAAAGGCAACCGAAGAAGAAAAGCCAUCCCAGGCUGCUGUGGACGGCACAGCUCAUGAAGAAGAGCUGAUAUUGCAGUAUUGGUGCAACAGCCCACUUCCUGAUGAAGAGACUGCUUGCCCGGAGAAUUCGUCUUCAUCUUCCGAUAUCAUGAAGGAAGUCCAGGCCGCAUUGGACGCCGCUGUAGUUGGACGAUUCGUUAGUUCUCCAGAACCCGUGAAAGAAAGGAGACCCUCACAAAUUCCUCCUCCUUUGACGAUAAGGAAAAGUCAGCCUACGCUAUCGAAGCACAAAUCGAAGAGCGCUGAGCCUUCUCAUCAGAGGAAGAAGGCUCCUGUGCGAGAGGAACCCCCUUCGCCGCCAGUUACUCGAGAAAAUGGCUGGAUUUCGGUGGACAAUCUUGUGGACUUCAGCCCUGAAGACGUGGUGUAUGAAGAGGUUGUUUACCCAGGGCCUUCGUGCAUGUCUAAUAAAGCGAGGGGAAAGCUUCCGAUGCCUCGGACACCUUCGAUCCGUACACCUUCGAAACAGAGUGUUUCCCUACGACCAGCUCCGAAAGCUACAGUGUCGAGAACACCUCCCCGCAGCACUGUGUCUAGUAGAUCAGUGUCCAAGGUCACGAUGCCGCGCACUGUUCCUGGGCGGGCAGUUUCCACAUCGGUAAAGCCGCGAGUACCUCCCUGGUCUCGUGCGCAGACUCAAGGCGCUUCGCACGCUGGACCAGCAGGCGGUCUUUUCGCCUGUACGGCGUCUCCCGGUGCUGCUAGGAGGCCUUCAAACACUCCUGUGAAGGCCGGAGCUGGGUCCAAGACCUCGGAAAUACCUCUGCAUCCUACCAUGACGCGCGUAGCGGUCCAGGAUGUGACUGUGAAAUCCUCCAGCUCUAUUGAAGAGAGCGAGGCUACUGAGUCCGAGGCUUCUCGAGUGUCUCCUGGCCCUACUGUCACGCCCGUAACGGUUUCUAGUGCUGCAGCGAGUUCCUCCAGCCUUCCUUCAGAGACCGAGGAUGGUGACGUCAAAUCAUCUCGAGUACCUCCAGCCUUCGUUGUGCCCGUCACAAUUACCAAGACCUUGAGCGUACGGAGGCAGUCGAGGAUCCCUAUGCCGCGCAAGAAGGUCUCCAUGCCGGGCGCAUUCCCCAAGUCUGAUGCUGGAGUCGAGGAGUGAGCUUGGUUGUUGUUUAGGAAGUCAGCAUGUUGUUUGAACGUCUAGAGUAUAGUGGUCUGCAGCGUACAUCGUCUGGAGUGGAGAUGGGAGGAUGUUAUUUGGCC